UGGAGAAGAAAAUGGUGUUUGCCCAAAGCAGACAUCUGAAGAAAUGUCUUCCAAUCGUGAUUCGAGCCUUACAAAUGCACCAGUGCAAAGCAAGCUAGUAUCUUCCUUCCAGCAGCACACGAAGAAAGCACUUAAGCAGUCUUCACAGAACAAAAACUGACAAGGUAGUCUUUCAACCAGUUUCCAACUCAACUUAUUUAAAAACAAAUUUUGGCAUGCAGACCCAUGUCAGGACCUCUUACCAGGAAAGUGCUGAACUACAUCCGCAUCUGCUAACAGUGGUACAUGAUCACACUACUGUGUGAAUUAUUCUUGCUCUGGACAAGGCUAACUCAAGUAUGGACAUCAAGUCAUGGCAUAGUGUCUACCAUGCUCCUCUCUGGUCCAGUUUCUGUUCCAUUGACUUGAGGUGAUAACUUUUUUGGAAGUCUUCGCUCUGUACAUAUUUGUCUGUAUCUAUCAAGAUAUUCUUGGAACAUUUCUCAGAAGAAACGAUCAUACCUGCAAACUGGCCUCACGUAGGUAACACUGAGCAUGUGUGAAUAUCCAGGACAUUGAGGUGGUGUUAGUGUCUGUUGGACUCUGAUAGCCAAGUAUAAGAGCACCUUGUCCAUCAGUGUACCAGUUGGUUCCUGGGGCAGUACCAAGAGAGGAUAAAGAACUUGAAGAUGCGAUAUAACGAUGUCUGGGAUGAUAUUAGACCUCCCAGACAUGGAAGAAAAUCCUGCCUCAAUUUUGGCACUUUGGAAUCAGCACCAAGAAGGGUACCCAUAAAUUUUCUGUUGGGAGAAGAGAAGGAUACUUCAUUCAGACUCAGAAUCUGAAUACAGACCAGGACAUGUCUGAGACUGUGCUGGGCAUCCAGAUCUCUUUGUAGAGACAGAACUCCAGAGACAGCAGCCAAGUGGGUUUGGGAGGAGAGAAGCUCAGGAAAUAAGGGAGUCUACACAAGAUACUACGGAUUUACCAAGGACACAAUUGGAGAAUUCUGGCUCCCUAGCUGAAGCAUUUGAUCAGAUGUCUGGCAACAUAAGUGACGAUUCUUGACAAAUUUUCCUGUCAACAAAUGGAAAACAAGAAAAACAUGUUGCUUUUUGACUACUAGAGAGACAUGGGAAGGGACAGUGGAAUUUACAAAAUGCGUUCAGGAAAAUGGAAUUUUGAAGAUGAUAAACUAAACUGAUUUUCUGAUUGCCAAGACAAGUCUAGGGAAGAGGACAGAGAAACUAUGGCAGGGAGACUGCAUAAUGGGGAAAAGAAGCUGGAAGAGCAAGAGUUCCAGCAGGAGCUCUUCAGGGAGUACAUGCAUUGCCCGAAGGCAGGCUGCACGAUGGUCACAGGUUAUGUUUCAUGAAUGGGAAUAUUGGGAAUUCUCCAUACUCAUUAUGUACAAGAGAUUCACAGAUGUCCUUUGCAUAUCUGCUUGUGAAAGGCUGGAUGCUUUAAGACAACAGCAGAAAAGAAGAAAUGGAGUCUCAAUGAUGGUAAACAAGACUGUUCCUCGUGUUGUUUUGACACCAUUAAAGGUGUCUGAUGAGCAGUCGGAUUCACCUUCAGGAUCUGAAUCUAAAAAUGGUGAAGCAGAUGGUUCUGAUAAAGAGAUGAAACAUGGGCAAAAGUCUCCAACUGGAAAACAAACAAGCCAGCACUUAAAGAGGUUAAAAAAAUCGGGUUUAGGACAUUUGAAAUGGACCAAAGCUGAGGAUAUUGACAUAGAAACACCAGGAUCUAUUCUAGUGAACACCAACCUGAGGGCUUUAAUAAACAAACACACCUUCGCUUCUUUACCUCAGCACUUUCAACAAUACCUCCUUCUUUUGCUUCCAGAAGUAGACAGGCAGAUGGGAAGUGAUGGAGUUUUGCGCCUCAGUAGUUCCGCUCUAAAUAAUGAAUUCUUCGCAUAUGCAGCACAAGGGUGGAAACAACGAUUGGCAGAAGGAGAAUUUACUCCAGAAAUGCAGUUGCGCAUCAGACAAGAGAUCGAAAAGGAAAAGAAAACAGAACCUUGGAAAGAAAAAUUCUUUGAAAGGUUUUAUGGUGAAAAAUUGGGAAUGUCAAGAGGAGAAUCUAUGAAACUGACGGCAGUGCAGAACAGCGAUGAAGAUGAAAGCAAUUCUUUGUGUGGAUCUUCUGGCACACCUGGUCCUUCUAAGCAAGCAACCACUGAAGACCAUGAGCAGAAAGGAACUAAAAUUUCACCAUUACCAGAGAAAGAGUAUUGUCCACCUCUUUGUAAUACGGAACAGGUUCCUGUCAAGGAUCUAAUGGCAGACUCGGAGGAUAUACUGAUACCUGAAGAAUCAAUCAUUCAGGAGGAGAUUGCAGAAGAGGUUGAGACAAGUAUUUGUGAAUGCCAGGAGGAGAACCAUAAAACAGAGCAAGAGUUUUCUGAAGAGUCAGUAAGUCCAGCUGGCACAAAUGAAGAAACAGAGGCAGUGCAGCUUGCAGACAGCACUGAGUCCUGUGUCAUGAUGAAUGAUGUAACUGAUACUGUAUCUCACGUUGAAAUUAAAGUGGAGUUGAAGUCAGAAUGCCCUCAGGAGGACAUGUCAGUUGUGAUAGAUCAGCUGGAGGAUUGUGUAUCACCAGCACGAUCAGCUUCAUCCACAAACUCUGUCAGUGAUACAGCAGAGAAGGAUUCUGAGUCUGCAAAAGAGCUAAUUGCUCCAGAAAUGCAAAAUGCUGGUCUGGAAGGCUCCUUGUUCACUGGUGGGGGCAUUGCAGUGGAUAUGGAGCUUCAAAGUGACCCCGAGGAACAAUCAUCUGAGAAUGCUUGUGUUUCUGAGACUUCCUUUUCCUCUGGAAGUCCAGAAGGACCAUGUGUUUGUAUUGCGUCUCCUGGAGGAGACACUCAGUCAACUUCAGAGGAACCCUGUACUCCAGCAUCUCUUGAAACAGCUUGUUCAUCUGAAGUGUCCAGUACUGAAAACAUUGAAGGUGAUAUUCAGCAAAAGGCCACUGAUGAAAACUUGCAUACACCUUUAAUGUCAGAAAUCUCUCCAAUGUCCACCUCACCUGUAACCUCAGAAGUAUCUCUGAUGUCUAAUUUACCUUUAACAUCAGAGGCAUCACCAGCUUCAAAUUUACCUUUAACAUCAGAAACAUCUCCAAUGUCUGAUUUACCUUUAACAUCUGAAACAUCUUCAGUAUCUUCUGUUCUUCUGACUUCCGAAACAUCUGUUGCAAAUAGUUUGCCUCUUCCAUCAGAAACAUCUCCAGUUUCUAAUUCCCCAACCAAUGAAAGACUCAUUUUGCAACAAAGAAAAUCACCAUGUCUGUUGGAAGACUCCCUUCCCCCUUUGAAAGAAGAAAGCUCCACCAUUCCUAAGGUGGUUCAAGAAGAGAAUUUUGUUGUUCAGCCAAAGCAACUUCAGAGUGCACCUGAAAAUUUGAAAGUUGGUCCACUAACAAUUGUACCUGAUACUUCAGUAUUGGAAGAGCCCCAAAGCAAAAACCUCAGUCAUCAGCCAUGUAAGUCACAUUCCGAAAUGGAGAAAUCCUACAUUGCUUCCAUCCCAGACCACUCCUCUCCAGAGGUGAUCACGAUUAAAAAUCACAGUAUUCAGCAACGAGGUGACAAGAAAGGUACGCUCUUGCCAUCAGAGGUAGCUGUCUUACCAGAAGGAUCAGUGGGCAAAAGUAUCGAGCUGCUUCCAUCAAAGACACAUGAAAAAGUAUAUACCUCAUCUCUAGAGAAAUCUUCGUUCUCCGAAGUGUGCAGAAGUAAAUCUCACAAGCUAACAGGCAGCAGCCAAAGCCGACUGGAGAGUUCACAUUCUUCCAAGUCAUUAGAACCCACAAAAUCACCUGAAGUGAGGAAUGAAAGCAGAGACCCAGAGAUCCCAAAGAGGAAAACAGCAGAACAGCACGGUUUUGGAAUCUGCAAAGAGAAGAGAGCUAGAAUAGAUGAUGAUCAGCCUAAUCGUAAUGCUUCAUCAACAAGUCCUUCUGAGAAAGAUCAGCCACUCAGAGAAGAACCCCGAGUUCCACCUCUUAAGAUUCAGCUUUCAAAAAUUGGACCACCUUUUAUUAUCAAGAGCCAACCUGUUUCAAAACCAGAACCUCGAGUUUCCCCAAGUACGUCAGUCAGCAGUGGAAGAAACACUGGGGCUAGAACUCUUGCGGAUAUCAAAGCAAGAGCUCAGCAAGCAAGAGCCCAAAGAGAAGCUGCAGCUGCAGCAGCCGUGGCAGCAGCUGCAAGCAUAGUCUCUGGAGCAAUGGGGACCCCAUGCGAAGGUGGGAAGACGAGAACACUGGCACACAUCAAGGAGCAAACAAAGGCCAAGCUAUUUGCAAAGCAUCAAGCCAGAGCUCAUUUACUCCAGACUAAUAAAGAAUCAAAGUCACAGUUCAACUCAAAGGAAAGUACCUCAUCUCUAGAGAUACCAGCUUCUACUGAUACAAAAAUUGAAGGUUCUACUGGUGUCAUUAUAGUUAAUCCUAACUGCAGGUCCCCUAGCAACAAGUCUGCUCAUCACCGUGAGACUACCGCUUUAUUGCAGCAGUCACUUAACACAGCUACAUUACCAGAAACUGCUACUGAGAUACCCGUUCACAGUUCUGAUGAGAAUAUACCUAUGCCACAGUUGUGUGAGAAAAUUAUUUCAUCUACCUCUACUGAAAGUAACAGUGUGCCAGUGCUUUAUAAUAAAAAUUCAGUCUCUGUGUCUGUUUGCAGCACUGCUAUGUCUGGAGCAAUUAAAGAACUUUCUUUUGCAAGUUCUGUUGAUAAAUCCUCUGUUUUAAUGUCUGUUGACAGUGCAAACACAGCAGUUUCAGCUUGUAAUAUAAAUAUGCUGAAAUCCAUCCAGGGGGCUGAUACUCCAUGCAUAGCCGUUGGACCAAAAUGUAUUGAUAACAGUAACGUACCAGUUUCCAUAGACAGUACGGUCUUAUCAAAUUCCAUCGAUGACAAAAGGUUGCCAAUACCAAGUAGCAAUGCGAACAAUGCAGUCUCCAGUCAUUAUGCCACUGUGCCAGCUUCAUCUAUUGCAAAUAACUUGCCAAAUCAUCUCCCUGGUAGUUCUGUACUGAUUCCACCAGUGGGGACUACCAGCCGAUUUUCUUCUGAUAAGAUAGCCAUAACUGGGUGUAACGAGCAAAGCACUGUCUCCAUCCACACUACCGCUAGGUCAGCUUUAAGUUGCAGUGAGGCUGUUGCAGUAGCAGAUACUGUUGCGAGGCCACCCAUUUCAAUGUUUACUGGUAACAUGGUGACGAUAAGCUCCUAUGAUAAUGCUACUAAAUUAAACGCUGAUCUCUUAGACAAAAGCUCUGGAGCACGAAGCCGAAUGGAUCUCUCGGGUAAAUCUCAGCCGGUGAGCUAUACGCAAACUGCCAUGAAUAGGUCUAUACCUUGCAAAGUCAUUGUUGACCACACUACAAAUCUGAAUUCCAGUCUGUCACUUUCUUCUUCUAUUGAAAAUGCAGAGAACAGCACUGACCUGCAGAGCAGACCUGUACGGACAGAAGCUGCCUUACAAAGUAUAACCUGUCCUCAGGUGUCUGUAAUAAGCAGGCCUGAAGUAGUUUCCAAUGAAAGCCUUGAGCACACUUCCAGCUUUAUCACCAUUACAAAGCAAGACAGCAAGAACUUGCAGGCAGGUUGUUCAAGUCUUCGAGAAGUGCCUCUUGCUCCCCAGGAUAAAUUAAUUGAGGUGGUUACUCCCAGCCAAGGUUUUGCUGAGCAGUUAAGAGGUCCUUCGGCAUUUAAAAAUGAAGCAGAUGCUGCCUGUGCCAGUCAGUAUAACACUAACAAUAGAAUUUGUUGGCAUGAUGAAGAGGCAAUGAGCACAGACCAGCCAGUGGUCAGCCAUCUUAAUGCCAGUAAGCAUAAGGAAUACGCAGAGCAAAACUGCUUAAAAAGUGUCAAAACCGAACCUUCCAGUUACACGCAGAUGUCAGAACUGCAGUCCAGGAGUCUUUUGACGAGCCUUGCUAUUCCUGUUAAAUCAGAAACCACCGAGUCUGACAAGUGCUUCAGGAUGGACACGGAGGACUUCCCAGGCCCUGAAAUGGCGGCCCAGCCUGCAGAAAUGGCCCCGAGCGCACAGCCGACGCAGACCGUCAAGGCGCCCAUGGCGGAUUCCAUGGAAGACUCCCUCUCUCUUACCACAGAGACCCUAAAAAGAGUCACAAGUGCUGGGGGCUCAAGCUGUCGCCUCUCAUCAGUGGAGGCCAACAAUCCUUUAGUGACACAAUUACUGCAAGGCAAUCUGCCUUUAGAGAAAGUGCUGCCGCAGCCCAGAUCAGGAGCCAAACUAGAAAUUAAUAGGCUUCCCUUGCCUUUGCAAACUACCUCAGUAUGUAAAACAGCAGUGUCCGAGAGAAAUAUUGUUGAGCAUCCUUCCAACUCUCCUAACCCAGAUGGUAAAGGAUUUACAGCAGGCAGCAUAGCCCCGCUACAAAUCAGAAAGCGUGAAAACCAUCCGAAAAAGAGGAUGGCCAGGACUGUAGGGGAACACGCUCAAAUUAAAUGUGAGCCUGGGAAGGUGUCAAUGGACACAGAUGUUAAAGUGGCUCCUUGUGUAAUUAGUUCCAGCAUGAACCAGCUAGGGCAUGGUCAGCCAUUUAAACAAGAGUGGCUGAACAAACACGCCAUUCAGAGCCGCAUCGCUCACAGCCCGGAGAUCAAGCAGCAGAAGAGGCCAUUGCCUUCAUGCAGUUUCCAGCAGAGCUUAUUUCACAUUGAUAAAAACGGCAGCUUUCACGCAGAAGCUAGUACCUCACACAGACAGCAUUUUUACCAAAUGUCCAUGGCUGCAAGAGGCCCGAUUCCUACGGCAGCUUUGUUGCAAACUACUUCAAAAGGCCCACCUGGCUGCAACGCGUUUGCUUUUAGCAGACACCUGGAACAGAAGGGCUUGGGAGAUGUGAAUAUUUCUACAGCAGCUCACCAGCUGAGGCUAGGAAGUGUGUUUUCCCCCAGUAUUCAAAUUAAGGAAGGUGAUGACAUUGCCAGUGCCUCUCAGACUCUCCAGAGUAAAACAUUAGUGCACCCUCCCCCUCCGCCCCCACCCCUGCCCCCUCCUCCCCCUCCUCACCCAAAUGCAGACGUCCCCUCUGAUCAAAAACAACCGACAGUUACUAUGGAAACCACUAAAAGACUUAGUUGGCCUCAGCCAGCAAGCAUCUGUAGCAAUAUAAAAUCUGAACCCAUUUCUUUUGAGGAAGGUUUAAGCAGCAGCUGCGAACUGGGCAUGAAGCAAGCUUCCUAUGAUCAGAACGAAGUGAAAGAACAGUUAAAAGCAUUUGCAUUGAAAAAUGCAGAUUUCUCUUCCUAUUUACUCUCUGAGCCACAGAAGCCUUUUACCCAACUUGCUGCUCAGAAAAUACAGACGCAGCACCCGCAGCAGCAGCAGCAGCAGCAGCAGCAGCAGCAGCAGCAGCAGCAGCUCUGUGGAAGUUACCCAACAAUACACUUCGGUAGCACAAGCUUCAAAAGGGCAGCAUCUGCAAUUGAGAAAUCGAUUGGGAUUUUAGGAAGUGGCUCGAACGCUGCCGCGGGCCUGUCUAACCAGAGCGCGCAGAUGCCGGUUCAGAAAUUUGCUGACAGUAGCAAUGCCGAUGAACUGGAACUGAAAUGCUCCUGCCGGCUGAAAGCCAUGAUUGUGUGCAAAGGCUGCGGAGCCUUCUGUCAUGAUGACUGCAUAGGGCCUUCCAAACUGUGUGUAGCUUGCUUGGUUGUACGGUAGAGACUGAGUCAAAGAUGCAGUAUCCCUUGUCAGCGUGGGCGAGCAGGACGGAGGGAUUGGAAUGGUGUAGGCCAAUGACGGUUUGCAAUUAGUUGACUGGGUUUUUAUUUUUAUUUUUUCCCCCCUCAUGGUGCUUUCAGAAUUUAGUUAUUCCGGCACGAGUGCCACUCCCAGGAAAGAAGAGGAAACCUCUAGGACUAGUUUAAAAAAACUGUCAGUAUCUUCACUGAAGCUUCUGUGAGUUCUCAUGUUGUGUUUAAGAAAAAGAGACAAAAAGGCAUUAAUGCAUGUCGUUCCUAGCUUGUAUUUAUUUGCACGAAGUGCGGCACAUUUUUUCCCCACUUUUUGAUAGUUGGUAGAACCUGCUGAUUAAAGAUCAGUGGAAGAAUAACACGAAGUGGAGUAGCUAUGCAGAAUGAAUAGCACGCUGAAUACCAACCACCUGUCUUAAGCAGUGUGGUGGAAAGGUGUGGGCCAUCAACCAUGGUAGCUUCUCAGUUGCUUUGCAGUUUUUCUGCUGAUAGAAUUGUUUCCUUCAAUUGACUUCCAUUAUUAGGGCUAAAAUAAGUCCGUCCCUUCACAUAGUGAUAAAGGAGGAAUUUGCAUCACUAGAGGAGUUUCCUCAGUUGCCUGCCAGGGAUUAUGGAACUGAAAUCUUGCUUAUCAUCUCUUCUCAUUGAUUCCUUGAGAAAGAUUUGUACCUGUGAUGGGUUAGUGGGACCAGCACUGGAAUCACAUUGCCUUCAGUAGAGUCUGGAAAAAGUAACUUCUCUGCUGGGGCUUAGAAACCUCUUUCCUGUUUCCUACUCAAAUAUUCUUUAUUUGUAUUUGUCUCGCUAAUCUGUCCACUUGGUUUGUCAGUCCCAAAUAUAUAUAUGGGGUCAGACAUACGUAAUAGAUUCUGGAUGUUUUAGCCUCUCUGUGGCCUAAAAUUGGGGUGUUCUUAUGAUGAAUGAAUAAGGAAAGAUUCUAAUCGUGUACUGAGUGAAUAUUAGAUUACCAGUCAUUUUUCCUAUUAUAUGAGUUAGUCGAAAUAACGUCUCAGAGUUUUGUCAUUUAAAGUCAUUCUUAAAACUACUUACAGCACUACUUUAUUUUUAUAUAUAUAUAUAUUUUUUUUUUCCUGAAAGGAAUUCAGACCCCUUACUCUACUUUUUAGAAAUUUGAAGCAAAAAGGCUUUUUUUUUUUUUUUUUUUUUUUAAAGGGAUACUGCAUCUUUAAAGUAAUCUUCGGUAUUUAUCCAGUACUGUAUUUACAUUUAGGAGUAUAGCUGCGUUCCAGAUGUGUUAGCCACCAUAACAGCAGAGAAAAAAAAAAAAAAAAAAAAAAAGAAAUGGGGCCCUAUUCACCUAUAAGGAAAAUAUUAUAAAGGGUUAAAGCACAUGCAGUUGCUGGGGUUAUGAAAAUACCUUGGGUUUUUUCACUCCCACUUCAAGAAAACAAAAUGUGGAGUGCAAGUCGUCCGUCUGCCAAUAUGUGGUUGGGUCUGCCCAAAUGUGAGCAUCAGAGAGAAAUGUUAUUUUUACCAUUACAGUAGAACCUCACUAACCUAACCAUCUUACAGUCUGCUCAAGAAAACUGGUUUUCUUUCCACUAUUCUCAGAGAGCAAAUGUAUCAGCUAUAAUAAUGUUUGGGUUUCAGCAUUAUUUUAAGUAUGUAAUGCUGCAUUUACUGCAGCAUUCCAAAACAUUAAUGUGAAUGAAUUUAGAAAGUCAAUAAAUUUAGGAAACCAGUAUACCACAUUUUACACCAUACUUUUUUUUUUAUAUGAUCUUGGUUUGUGUACUUACUGGUCUCUACUUACAGCUGUAAAUGGUCUCCCUGAUACUGGUAUUAGUGAGGUUCUACUGAAUAGAGGAACCACAUUUAUUUUCUUGUGGGACCAUUUUCACAAACAUGAUAAAUGCCAUUUAUUGUCUUAAAAGUGAGCUGGAAUAUCUACAACAUACAUUCCUGUCAUAGGAAGCUCUAUGGUGCACCUUGAUGUUCUCUUUUAUUGUAAUUAGCAACAUAUCAAUAUUAUUUUUGACACUGUGUGAUAAAAAGGCCAUUUAUAAUUACACUAACAAAUUUGUUGCUGAUACAAUAAUAUAUUUUUUCUAUACAAAAGUGCUCCUUAAUAUGAAAUGUGAUUUUAAAAAAAAAUGGCUUCUCAGCACUUUCACGUCUUCUGGUAGGAAGAUAUGCUAGCCAAGCAAAAACCUAAAAGUAACCAUAUGAAAAUUAACAUUCACUGCUAUGCCAGCUCCUGUGAAAAAAAAAAUAAAAAAAUAGUGACUGGAAAAUACUCAUGAAUAAGCAUGAGUGUAGUCAGUUGAUGCAUAUCAAAUUCGUAUUUGAGGAGCCUUUGUAUCGGAAUUGUAUUGCAUUGUAUUUAUACUUGAUAUAGGUAGAAUACUUCUAUUUAAAAUGAAGAGAGCAACCAGUCUUAGACUUCUAAUAACCUGUGUUUAUAUAAGCCUGCUGGGAAUUCUUAUUUCUAGCUCAGGUUUUCAUGUCCACAGCACAUAAGUCAGUAUUUUUUUGUACUUGCAUCUCAAACUAUUUCUUGUAUUGACUGACAUAAUACAGAAAUAAAUUCCGGCCACAGAAAAAAAAAAAAAAUUACUUUGUUCAAACAAUAAGAGUGUGACUAAUGUAGUAGGUAAUUCAUUCAUGUCAUACUGUCAUUUUUGUAUCAGGAUUGCAACUUGCAUGUGUGAGGUCAUGAUAAAAUGUUAUUUAAAGUGGCAUUAGACUGAAUGGUGCUAUGUUAUAUUACACCACUGACCAAACACUUCCAUAGUGCAGUUCCACUCAUCUCAUUCGUGAGUCACUGGAGUUGCACCAGGAAUAAAUUUGACCAAUUAGUUAGCUACAGUCAUGAAGUAUUGUUACAGAUAAUAGUUUUUAGGUUAUUGAAAUAUUGAAAAGCAACUGUGGUGAUAUAGGAGCCUGACUGAAUCCUAGUAGGACUGAAAAUCUUACCUGGAUUUUUAUGUCACACAAAUGCUUGGGGAAAAGUGACCCCAUGGUUUCGAAGAAGAACACAGUCACCUUUCAAAAUAAAUUUUGAAUGACUCCUUUUUUUUUUGUUUGUUUAAUUGUCCAGGCUUCAGGCCCAAUGUCAUUCUGUUUUCUAAUGACCAUGCAGUUUGCACCAUUGGGUGUUAACAGUUUAUGCACUGAAAAGUGGUGAAAGAAUUGCUUAAGAACACAAUGCUCUGUGUUUAUGUGUGCGUGCGUAUGUGUCCCGAUGCAGCAUGUAUAAAUUACCUUUUUUUUAAAAAAAAAAAAAAAAAAACUCCAAAAUUGUUCCCCCACUACUACCCCUGGAGCAGCACUUUUGGGUGAGAGGGAGAAAUGCUCCUUUUUUCUUUCCUCCCUCUGUAUUUUUUUUUUAAUUGCAUACCUGUGAGAUAUGCAGAUAACAUUAGGGCAUUUGCAGUGUGUGUGUUUGUGUGUUCCUGUUCUGAACUAAUUUUCCAAACAGAAAUUCCCUUUGAAAUAAUAUAAAAAUAAAAAAUAAAAAAAAAGGAAGAAAAAAAAAAAAAA